AUGAUUCUCACACUUGUAGAGGUGCAACACAUAGGUGUACAACCAGAAGAAGCUCUACAGUGUGGAGCCCAUACAACAGUGAAUGAGAACCAGGAACUACAUAUACAAGAUAAGGGAAUCGACAAUACUCUGCAAUGCAACAACGGUGUGUGCCAUUUGUCAUUUUCUGCUCCUCCCAAUAUAGAAGUAGUCUCAUCUGCACAGAUGAGCGAUGAGGCAUCUGUAGAAGGUAUCAAGCGAACAUCGUGUUUAACCAACACAAAUCUUCAGGAUGUUGUCUUUACUGUACGUCAACAAGAAGAAGAAGAAAAAGUGCAUAUGGGGGAAGAUUCAACCUACAAAGACUUGACCUUGGUCUGCGCUCUCUGGUUCCGGGAAACCUUACCGGUAUUAAAACAAUGCGCAAGAGAAGGAGUAUCAGAAGGUUCCUCCACUGAUGAUUCUUCUUCAUUUGCUCUUUCUCCACUAUCACGUAGUGAAAGUGACAGUAACAGCAAUGAGACUGAUGUUUUAACAGAAAAAGUCAAUUGGAAGCUUAUAGCUGAGGGAAAACUUAUGGUCAUGAAGUAUGGCCAACAAAAGGUAGAGUUUGUGGUGAAUGAAGCUGGAUCCAAGUACGGUGUGACCUCUGUGUUCAUAUCGUUUUUCGUACUGCCGCGGUUGGAAAGUACUAUGGAAGAAAAGGCAUCAUUGAGGGAAACUAUUGAGAAGAGUGUUGAUCAUCUAACACCUCUGAUAGCAUAUGAAGUUUCUGAUGCCCAUUCUGUUGAAAAGGUACCUUCUUUAAUAGUUGCUGAUGAUUCUGUGGAUAGUUCUGUUGCUGUUCCUGCCGUUCCUCCUGCUGCUGCUGCUGUUACUACUAGUGUGGUUGAUUCUCCCUCCAGUUCCUCCGUUGUUAAGAGCGGUGUAGAUAUAAUACAAUGUGUAGAAGAGACUCUCAUUGAAGUGCCGACUAACGACACUGUGGGAGGUUUUGAAUCUCUUUCACACCACACUGAUAAGAGUGUGCGAUGGCUACUGUUUGUUGAGAUGUCCCCUUGGCAUGGGAACUUGUCUAUAGAUCGUGACGGCAACAUGGAUACAUCAUCCAGUAGAAUAAAACCACUGAAUUGUAAUAAUAGUCAUAAUAAUAAUCAUAAUAAUCAUAAUAAUAGUAGUAGUUCUGAUGCUGGUAUCGCUAGGGAUAGUGUAUGGCGGUUAACUCUUUGCGGUGCACAUCGCCGUGUGUUGGCGUGCGGUUCUGUUUUCCGCGGUUCCGUCUGUUCCCGCAGCGGUUGCACAGACAUUGUGCUUGCAGUGGGGGAUGCCAUUCUUGCAGCUGCCGUGGUAUCGCUGCAAUUGCAGGUACUCCUUCCAGUCUCUACAGACCACACUAAUAAUAAUAAUAAUAAUAAUAAUAAUAAUAAUAAUAAUAAUAAUAAUAAUAAUAAUAAUAAUAAUAAUAAUAAUAAUAACGACCACAGCAACAAUAACAACAAUAAUAGUAGUAGCAUUAAUGACAGAGAUAAUACGAAGGGGCAUCUUUCCACUGCAGAAGAAGAGAAGAAGUUACUGCGAUGGACUCCCGUUGCUGCCUCCAAACUGUUGCCUAUUGCUGAUCUCCUUGCUUCAUCUAUGGCUGUUUGUGUACAUUUACUUCCAUUAUGUAAAGAAGCCGAACAUACGGCCUUUACAUGCGGUCUUCCUUUUCUCACCGGUCUGCGGCGGGGGAUAAAUGUAUAUGUGACCCUAGCUCAAGCACCAAAGGUGGUGGGUGCUGUAGAUGAUAAAGAAUGGAUAAGAGCACAAGAACGUGCGGCUGCUCCUCUUAAUAGAACUCUACCUCACUUGAUAGAUUAUCAAUAUUCACAGUUAAAUCAGAAGAAGAAAGGAAUAUCACGUAAAAGAAUAAUGAGUUCCGUUGUACUGCAUAUCUCUGUUGCGGUAUUGGAGCAUUUAUCUCAUCAUGUGGAUUGUGGGGCGAUGUAUCCUUUAGUCACACUCUCAGUGAGUGGAGGACGCGAGGUUUUGCUAGAGACUAUAGGAGAUAAUAAAACCAUGACUUGUAAUUGUUGUGAUCAUCUUAUUACUUCUACUACUAGUAAUACUAAUAAUACUGAUGUUGAUGUUAAUAAUGAUGGUGAAUGUAUGCAUCAUUACACGACGAAUGAAGAACUUCGACGGGCUCCUGUGAUGAUGUUUGAUACUCGAAUACACGUAACCUUUGAUGAAACUCAUCCUGUGCUGCUGCUCACAUUACAUAGUCCCGUUGCCCCAGAAGUGGUAUUUGGACGUGCCAUCUUUUCUCCCUUUAUGUUAACCAAACAACAAGAGAAAGAAGAAGAAGAAGAAGAAGAGGGACGUAUGUGGAUUCCACUUUACAGUAAUGGGAGUUCAUCUCUUCACGCUAAUGAAGAUAAUGGUGAGGUAGGACUAGCGUCAUCAUCAUCAAUGAGAGUAGGAUGGAUUUACUGCAGUUAUGUAUGUAUAUUCCCUGCAGAGGGACAACAAACAUCCUCUUCCACGUGUGUGGCUUAUCGUGAGUUCAUGCAGCAUCCUUUAUUGUCUCCCGCCCCACUCACAUUAGCGAAAUACAUCGCAUCUCCUUACUUUACUAUUCCAUUGCAAUGGAAUUGUCUGCAAUUAGAGAUUAUGGAGGCGGCGGAUUUAAAUAGAGAGUUCACGCAAGUCAAGAGAAGUUAUGACAAUAACACUAAUAAUAUUAACAAUAAUAAUAAUAGAAAUCAUGUUUACGCCAAGGCACAAAUGAUUCCUCCACCCAAUAAUAAUAAUAAUAAUAAUAAUAAUAAUAAUAAUAAUAAUAAUAACAACAUUACAACUUCAUUUACAACUCCUGUGGUAGUCUCGAAUAAUCCACGCUGGAACACUACUGGUAUAUUGCCAGUAACUUCACAUACAACACAUCUACUCAUUCAAAUCUUUAACUCGGUGGAUGAGACAUCACCUACAGCUGUGGAAUGUGUGGGAGUUAUUAAUAUUCCCCGUCUCGCCACUUCGUAUUUCUGGACCACUUUAACAGGAGAGGCGUGGUUCCCUGUUGUGGCUACACGAAAAGAUACACCACCCUACUGCGGAGCUCUACUGCUGCGUUGGUGCUUUAAUAGUAAUAAUAAUAAUAAUUAUUAUUAUUAUUAUAAUUAUAGUUAUGGUAGCAACAGUAAUUACAGAAAUAACAGCAAUGUAGAUGAAUUACGUGAGCGGGCAUUACGAAUAGUUGGAGAGAGUCUUCGGCCUAAUUGGUCUCUACCACUGCAAAGAGAACCUUGUGGUGUAUUUUGGCUGCAAUUACAUCAAUUAGAACUCAUCUGGCCUUGGUUACUACACUGCACACGAUGGACGGCACCUUUUUCAUAUCAUUUAAGACAACCACCGGAUGUAUUUCUGCAGAUCUCUUCGGAUCACUACACACAUGAAGUAAUGAUGUGGCCAUUUGUAAAUCCCUCAGUUAAUGAUACCCAUAUUAAUAAUAAGAAAAAGAAUAAUAAUAAGAAUAGUGUUAUUGAUUCUUCUGUAUUUAUUGUAAAGGCGCAUGAGUCGGUUUGUUUACCGCUGGGCGAUCGCAUUAGUGUAAAAGUGUGCCAUCGCUACAAGAGUUAUUCUACUUCACUCUUCCAUUCACUCCCUUUGGAGACUAAUAAUAAUAAUAAUAAUAAUAAUAAUAAUAAUAAUAAUAAUAAUAAUAAUAAUAUUAAUAAUAAAGAUGAAAUAGUUAUUCUUGGUGUUGGUCAGCUUCUGCUGUCGAGAGAGGAUCAAACAGAUUUUCUCACCUCUCAGCAUCCCCGGUAUGGAGUGAUCCGCAUUGAACCAUCAUCCCUGCAGCCCCACUGCACUGUACAAUGUGGACUUUUAUCUACACACAUCUCUGCAGCCCGUGUGGCUCAACAAGAAGAGAAAAAACAACAAAAAGAAGAAGAGCGAUGGACAUGGGCCUCUUCACAUUUAUCAACAGUCGUGCAAUUGUCGUUGGGAUAUGUAGUGGUGUUGAGUAAUAGAUAUCAACAGUCCUAUGCACAAGAUACACCGCCGCGGUGGAUUGUUGGUGUUAAUGAGAGAAUGCCUGAUCGUAAUAAUAAUAAUAAUAAUAAUAAUAAUAAUAAUAGUGGGGGUAUCACAGUUCAUUCACCAGUGGUGCUUAAAGGCAGAAAUAAUACCCUUUCUGGUGCUAUUGAGAGUGAAAAAGAAACAAACACACGAAUAACAAAUAGAUCUGUAGAUAAGGAGAUGAUGUGUGAAGAAAGUACGGAUUGUUUAUAUUUACAUUGGCCUUCAUUACCAUUUAUGAUGAAACGACAACAUCGUCCACCACUACCAAUCAUUGAACUUUUACUCUCUCGAACCAUAAAAGAUGAUACCUUAUCCGAAAAUGAUGUGGAGACUGCAGAGUUUGUGGGUUCUGUUAGACUUGACUUAUCUUGCUGCUUUAAAGAAAAUAAAGGGAGAGAGUUGUUUGCAUUAUAUUCCUCAUUCAACACAGAUGAAACUACAGAAGGUGAUGAGAUGAUUGGAUGUGUGGAAUUAAACUAUAUGCAUAACUUCGUCAAGGAAAACAUUGAGGAUAACGAAGAAGAAGAAGAGUUUAAUGAUGAUUAUGAGAAGAAGAAUAAUUACAAUAAUACCAAUCAACAAUUACUUCUAUUAACAAUUGUACAAGCACGUUAUUUACCACGAGAACCAUUAUUACCAUCUUCUUUACAGAAAGAAAAAGAAGGUCUUCUCACAUCAUUUGUAGUUGGUGUUGAGAAUACAUCAUGGCAUACAAGAACUGAAAAGGGUUUAACGCCUCACUUUGAUACUCGAAUGAUAUUUGAAUACAAUAAUAUAUUAACAGAGAAGGUUGGUAAAUCUAUUCAAGAUGAUGUCAUUGAAGUUCGAUUACAGAUGUUGCCGGAGUUUACAUUUAACCAGAAUAAUAACACCACCAUUACCGGAGAGAGCAGUGAUAAUAAAAAUAAUAAUAAUAGUAAUAGUAAUAAUAAUAAUAAUAAUAAUGAGAGUUUAGAAGCGGGAUUAGAACCAUCGUUCAUUACACCCUUUGCGAUGUUGCGAUUGCGAUAUUCCGAUUUCCCUCCUGCUGGUGAAAUGAGUGUUGGCCGUUGGAUUCCACUGUUUGGAUUCGAUAUUAUGAUGGGCGGCUUUUCUCUUCUCGUCGGUGAAGUCUUCAUUCAAUGGGGAUGGUUUACACCCGCUGCCUGGGAUCAUAUACGGCCAUUGUCAGUGACCACAUCUACAUAUCCAUUCUCAAAAGAAGAAAUAGAAAUGGAUAAGAGAGAGAAGGAUAAAGGGUUAACAUUACAAGAAAAGAGGGAAACAACAGAAAUAACCGAAAGAAGAAGAAGAAUAAGAAAGGAAGAAGAAGAAGAAGAAGAUGAUGAGUCUACUUCUAUUCCAUCUUUUCCACUUUACACAGCAUUGCAGAUACAUGACUUUGUACCACUUGAGGAUUCAUUUCUUAAUGAGAUGCAGAAAAAGAAUGAAAAGGAAUUAACUCUCAUGGUCUACAUAGAGGAGGAGGAGGAGGAGGAGGAAGAGUGUAAUUCCACAGAAAUAUCCUUUUCCGUUUCUUCACAAGAAGUAAAGAAACCCCAACAACAACGAUAUCAAUAUAAACAACAACGAUAUCAAUAUAAACAACGAGAAGAAGAAGUAGUUGGUGGUGUUGUUGGGAUGAAAUACGGAGCCCGUACGGGUCUCGCUGUAUUUAACUCCACACAGGGACGUUGUUGUUGGAUGGAGUUGUGUUUAUUGCCUACAUUACGUAAUGCGAAGGGCACCUUGUGUAUAAAGUUAUGUUGCUGUGAAUCUUCACCAACAGAGGAUCAUCAUUCUACUAAUAAUAUUAAUAAUACUAUUAAUAUUAAUAAUAUUAAUAAUAUUACUGUAUUGGGAUUUGGUCGUCUUUGUGUGAGUGAAGUGUUUUCUCGUGCGGUUGUGGCUGUGCCGAUAUUCGCCGUUGGGGAAAUUCAACCGUGUGGGAUGUUAACAGUGACACUCCUGCAGUCUUCACUGUAUACAUACGAGGGAAUGACCGUCUUCACAGGGAAACCACAAAGAUGGAUAGAAAAUACUACUAAUACUAACACUAUUAAUACUAUUAAAGGGGAUAAUCAUGAUAGUAAUGUGAUUAGUAAUCAUCUCAUGGAGGCGAUGGAUCAUUUACAUAAUCAGCAGAAACAACAACAACAACAACAGCAGCAGGCGCCUCAGUAUCCAUCACAACAUGAAAUUCUUUUAAUGGAAUUCACUGUUCACAGUGUAGAGAUACACGGCCGUAAAGUGUUACCAAGUAAUGAAGAUUGGGAACUCUCCUUGAGAACAGAGGUGGGAUGGAUAAAUAGAGAAACACAUCAAUGGACAUAUUUAGAGCAUUCUAAUUAUCAUCAUCAUCAUAAUAAUGAUCAUCAUUCUUCUUCAACUUCAUUAAGAGAUAAAAUGAAGAAAUGGAGUGCCAUUGUAUCUGUACAGAAUUUCUCUACAGUAGAAGUUUACUUGCGUCCUGUUACAACAUCAAAAGUAACGGGUUGGAUAAAGAAAGAGUUACAACCAUCAUCACCACAACCCAUACAUGGACGUUUUCUUCUUCUUUUACAAGGCUCUAAUAUGAUUGGUGAGAAGUUUAAUAAAACUUUCCUUGUAGAGUUAAUGGAGUAUACCGAAUGUUUAAUGUCUAACCCUACAAAGAGUGGAAAUAAUCAUAGUAUAAGAGAAGAUGAUGAAGAAGAAGAAGGUACAUGGAUUCCUGUUGGACGUCUCUACAUCUCAUCUAAACUGUUAGCCCAAUCAAGUGUAUUGUAUGAUCCACGUAAACUUUUCUUUACACACGCCCUUCACGUUGAAGUGACGGAACUUCUCGGUGUUGUUUGUGCCAAUCAUGAUAAGAAACGAAAAAUUAAUAAGAAGAACAGUAAAGAUAAGAAAAUCAUCCAAAGGAAUGAUGGACCUGUAGUAUAUAUAAAGUUAAACUGUGGAGAGGAGAAGGCGGAGUCUUCAUUACUUAUACCACCUACUGUAGAGUUAUCAAGAGAAAAUGAAAAGACGACAAACAAGAAGAAUAGAAAGAAGGAUAAUCCACAUCUAGAUAAAAAUGGAAAGAACUCCAAUGAAAAUGAAAAGAAUAUUAUAACGAGUAUAAAUGAUAAUUAUACAAUUCGCAGUUUCUCCAAACCGCUUGUAUUUCUUAAUUGUUCUCCCGAGUUCACUCAUAAAGAGAUGGUGGAAUUAUCCCUUUCACUACAUCUUCUUCAGUCAACACGCAUCCCUGCAAAUAAUAGUGAGAAAUCAUCCAAGAUGUUUCUUAUUGGUGAAGGUGUGGCCCAUAUCUCAAUAAUGAAGGAGUCAAAUAUAAUGGAAAUUAAACGUCAAGAAAAUAUAAAAACACAAUGGGUACCUAUUAUGGGAAAAGGUGAAGAAAACACCACCACCACAACAAGAAGAAGAAUGGCAUAUGCACAUAUACGGUAUAUAUGGAUAUAUCCCAUUGUGACGAUUGGAACGUGGCUAACAUGUAUUCGACUACGUGUAUCUCAACAACCACAACAACAAUCAUGUACACCUCUACAAGAUCCAUUUCUUCUCUUUUUUAUGCGUUUUCCAAAUGGGACAACUUGUCAUUUAACUCUUCAUAUCUUUUCAGAUCCUCCGCAUCUUCCUUAUGAAGAGAAUGAAAAAAAGAAGAAGAAGGGGAUAAAUAAUACUACUAAUACUAAUAGUAAUAAUAAUACUAUUAUUACUAGUAGCCGUGUGUGGUCCUUCGCAUCUCUAUUACUACCAAUAGUUUGGCCGAUGGGUGCAUCUAUUCAACGGGUUGAACUGCACGAUCGAGUGACGGCUGGAGUGACGCGACAUGUUGGCUCGCACAAAUGGACCACACAUGAUACCGCAAUGCUCUUCGCUCUUAAAGACAGAGAAAAGACUGGAAGAGAAAAGGAAGAAGAAGUAAAGAAUGAAAGAACAACAACAAAUACAAGUACUACAUUAAUGAAUAGAAGUGUUGUGGACUCAUCUGCUGGACAUUGGUUGCGGUUUACAAACACUGGAUAUGAAGUUAUGCUUGCCCGUUCACACCGUCCUCCUUCUCAUCAUUUACUUAUCAAACAUGAUGUUGAGAUUGGGAAUAAUUCACAUCUACAUGUACCAUUUCAUUGUUGGCCUGUUAAAGUUAAACUAAAUCAUAUAAAGUCUGUUGGUAAUGGAAUAACUUUGGAGGCGGGUCAUUUGUUGGUGAGUUGUCGUUUAUCUCUUGGACGUUGGGAAUCAUCCACAACAAGUAAAAGAAUAAUAGAAAGAAGAAUAAUAGAUGAUUGGGAAUGGGAGGAAUUAAAAGGUGAAAUGUUUGCCUCACAAAUUGCGGUGGAUCCAAUGAGUGGAGCUGUAACCGCAACGUGGAUGAUAACAUCCAAUAAUAAUAAUCAUCAUAAGAGUUGUCAUUAUCUCAAUGAUGUGUUUGUUCGCCCAAUAGCAAUUGAAGAACUCCGAAGUGGAUGCGUGCGAUAUGCAGUUCGGGUGAAUAUCAUUUGUCAAACACGAUGUACUUCUCCAACCACAGAGGAAUUAUCAAAAUCAAAAGAAAAAUCAGAAUUAACAGAAGCAACAGAGAGUAAACUCUAUGGGGUACAUACAUCUAUAUUUACAUUAGAGGACUCUUGUAAUGAUGUUUGUGGAGAAGUUCUGCUUACACUCACGGAGAGUACUGAAUCUACAGAGAUGAGAAGAUCCACCCCGGAAUGUACGGCAUCUCAUCUUACUAUGGCCUGGUCCUUUGAACAUGAUAGAAUGAUAAAUGUAGUACCAACAUCACAUCAUAAUAAUAAUAAUAAUAAUAAUAAUAAUAAUAAUAAUAAUAAUACGUCUGCAGUGAAAUUAAAUGAUAUGCUGUUGCGUGCUUUAAAAGAGAAGAGUAAUAAAUCUCCCGGUAUGUGCAGAAGUGUGCGGUAUACCCCACAAUUACCAGCAUGGCAAAUAACAUUUAUUGAAGUCUGUGACUUGCCAGUGAUACUUACAACUUCAAAUAAUAUUACUAAUAAUAAUAAUAAUAAUAAUAAUAUUAGUAGUAGUGUUGGUGUUUAUCCAGAUGUGCCUGUUUUGGUUCACAUCUCUGCAGAGAAACGCCCACACCGUCGUGGACGAUCUCCACAUUUACACAACUCUAUGAAAAGAAAAGAGAAGGAACACUCGAAUAUACUCCCUAUUCUCUCCACUAAUGCAGUUCCCAUGUCUUCUUUAUAUAUAUUACCACGACGACCUCUUUAUACAUUGCGGAUGGAGUCUUAUUGGUGUAUUCCCCCGCGGCAGUGGAUGGAUCAUCGCCGUCCAUUACGUCUCACUAUCUGGCAAUUACUUUCUAAUAUAGAUAAGUUUACAUGUGUGUUGGGAUUCUUGCGUGUGGAUGCUAUUCUGCGAGAGGCCUUUGCACAACUGCAUAGUAGGAUGCAGAGAGAUCUUGUUAAUUCAACAAGAGCGACGAUAGGAGAGAUGGUAACAGAUUGGUAUCCACUGCAGUGUGAAGUACUUCGACAAGAAGAUGUGGGACGUAUACGCUUAGGACUUCAACCUGUUGUUUAUAUGCCGGCAUCUAAACAUGCUUGUGAGGAUCGUCGGUUAUCGGUUUGUAUGGAGGUGCAGCGUGUUACUGUUCUUUCUUCAAAUAGUGUGGAACGAUCACGUAAUAAAUAUUCUCUGGGAUUAGUGUUUUGUCCAGCAGGGAAUUUAAGUUUAUUAUCGUGUAGUACAACACGUCUACAAUCUCGUGUUCUUACUUCUCUUCCCUCAGCUACAGUUGCGGUGGAUACAAUAGAUACAACGACAUUGACUAAUAAUGAUAGUGAUAAUAAUAAUAAUAAUGAUAGUGAUAAUAAUAAUAAUAAUAAUAAAGGAGCAUUGCAAGAGUUGGUGGCACUCACACCAUUACACACACUCCUCUUGGAGGACACACAUUCUUUAAAUGAGAGCGGGCAAUACAGUAGUGAUGAUGAUAAUGAUAAUAGUAAUAAUGAUAAUGGAGGUGAUGAGAAUUGGUUGGGAAUUGAUAUCCUUUUAGUAGAAUGUAAAGGAAAAGAAGAAACUAUUAUGAAUGAUCAUAAUAAUAAUAAUAAUAUUGGUGUAGAAACACUACAUGAUAUUGGAGGUAUUUCAUCUGAGGAUAUUAUACGUGUGUUGUCGUUUGAACGACUUGAUUUGCGGCAAAUCUCUCAUCUCAUAUCUCAAACAAAUCCCAAUACUUCAGAAGAAUUUUCUUCUUUCUCAAAUGCCACCACGGCUGCUGCGGCUGCUGAUGAUUUCACAGUAAUGUUGUGUAGUGACAGCACCUCUGAUGUAAUUAGUGUCCGUCUGCACGCACUUGUUCUCCCCAUAAUGAACGAAACUACAAAUAAACAAGAUAAUAUUCACACCCCAAUGCGUAUAAAUUCACAAUUCUUCUGUCUUGCAGAUGAAUACAAUGAAGAUAAGACAGCGUGUAGUGGUGUGGUGUGUGCAAGAGGUGGAAAAGUCUACAGAGUAGAUAUGAAGAAGGAAUUCGAAUGGGAUGCAAGUGAACUACAACAUGUUUGCUUUCAUUCCCCUACAGGGGCUGUAGCCUUCAGUACACCAAAGAUAUACUUUAAAUGGAAGAAGACUACUACUACUACUACUAUGGAGAUAAGGAGUACAUCACGAUCAUCAUUAUCAUCACGAUCAUCAUCUAAAUUAGUGUCGUUAGAAACACCAGAAGAAGAAAAAGAAAAAGAAGAGUCAACAAUAAUGCGUUUUAUUCCAUCUCAAGAUCCUCACAUCCGUCGGGUUGGACACACCACGUGGUUGUAUGAAAACCGGUACAUUGUGAUAGAUGGUGGUUGCUACCCAACAACAACAACAACAACAACAAUAACAACAAAGCCCCAACCACCCAGAGGAAGUGGAUGGAAAAAGAGACGAUAUAGAAGAAGAAGGUUUUCAGAUCAAUUAGCCGUUAGUGAGAGAUCACUACAGUACAUCUACGCCGGAUCUCAUGAUCUCCUCCUCUACGACAUUCAAGGACAUAGUUGGCAUGUUAUGUAUACAUCAGAGGGGAAAGGUAUAAAAGUUCAGGAUAAAAUAAUAGCAGCAGCAGCAGAAGCAGCAGAAGAAGAAGAAGAAAAAACUCUUGAUGUUAUUGAGAAGGAGAAGGGUGAGUUUCAGCAUGCUUUCCACUCUGCUGUGUUGAUGGAUGAAAGGGUAUGGUGUUUUGGUGGUUGCUUUGUUCCGCAGAGUAUGUGGAGUGAAGUUACUAAGAAUAAUCCCCACACUGAGGAUCAGCAGCAGCAGAAUCAACAGAAACACAAACAAGAAGAACAAAAGAGGAAUGAAAUCAAUACAGAAGAAACACUGACCAUAUCAAUAGAAGAACGAGCUGCCAAUAGUAGACAAACAUCCGUUCAGCAAUUCGGUUCUAUAUCUGGUAUAGUUCUUUCUAAUCGAUUGACAUGUCUGAAUCUUCCCACACGACAAUGGAGUACAGUGACAUCCAUGCAACACCCAAAGCGGGAAACUGAUCAAACAAUAAACUCAACAACACAGUUUUCUUCUUCUUCUUUUCAUUCCAAUACUAAAGAUUUCUGUAUUGUUAAGACACCGCUUUCAUCUGCACCGCCACCAAUUGCCUGUCACACAGCUGUAGCAUGGAAGGAACACAUGUAUGUAUUUGGUGGAUUGCAAGAGAGAAUACAAAAAGAUGAUAAUAGUGAUAAUAAAACUGUGGUUAUACUCAGUGAUUCGCUUUAUGUAUUUCAUACGAUCCGUCUUACAUGGAGUUUACUCUCUCUAUCUCCUGUAAUAAAUGUUAAUGAGGAUAAUACAGAUAAUACCUGUAAAGAGAGAGAGAAAGGUGUUUGGAAUUGGCCUUGUGCACGUUACGGUCAUGCUGCUGCUGCUGUACCAGAACACCCCCAAGGUGCUUUUGUGAUCUUUGGAGGAUCUACUUCUCUUUUAGGAGGUAGUAAAUCUUCCUUUUCUUCUUCUUAUUCUCCUUCUUCUAAUACAGUUGGGAUUCACUGUGCGUUUGAUGAGCUUCUUUGGGUGUAUUAUGCAGCUUCUGGGUAUUGGCAGAGAAUUCGCGUGCCGUCAUCCAUUCCACUUACACGGCGUCUAUUUUCCUCUAUGCAUGUAGUGAAGUUAUCUGGAGAUGCAUGGAAUUCUUAUACUAUUGUGGUGGCAGGAGGAAUCCACUCAACAUACGUGGAACAACAGUAUCAUCAUCAUCAACAAGAACAGCAACAAAGGAGGAAGAAGGAUGAGGAUGAGGAGGUAAAAUUGCCAAAAGUUAUGGAAACAGAACCAGCAAGAAGAGAAAUAACUGCUUCUUUGGUAUUAGAGGAAGCAAUGCGGUGUAUUAUUUCUGCUGCACUAGUCUCUCCAAUAUGUGGAACAGUAUGGUUCAUGAUGGAGGAGAGAGAUAUUGGUAGUGGUAUUCAAUAG